AUGAUAGAGAAUGGUCAAGAGGUAUCGUUUCCUACGACUAAUUCUGUUAUGAAUAUUACCGAUAUAACGAAGGUGACCCGCAGUGGUCGUGUGUUUGGUCCCGUUUUCUCUAAGGGUGUAGAGGAUGUUUCUAAGAAGGUUGAAGUGCCUGUAGCAAAUCCGGUUAGUGCUAUAAAGUUGAAAAUGAGUAGAAAGGUUGAUUCUGUGAAAGACAGCAAUGACUCAAAAGAAACUUGGCGUCUUGUUGUUCAAAUAAUGGAUGUUUGGAGUGUUGUGAAUAAUAAGGGUAUUGAACAUUUGGAGAUGAUUGUUAUGGAUUCCUUGGUCCUUAUUCGUCAUGACCAUUUACUGAAAUGGAAAGAGGUCAUUAAGGAGAAUAUGACCUGCAUUAUAAACAAUGGCAGUGUCUAUAACAAUGAUUUUCAGUGGAAGGUAUGUGAUCAUUCAAAAAAAUUUGUGUUUCUUGGUGGUACCACAAUGAAGGCAAUCGAACUUCAAAAUAUUCCACCUAAAGGAUAUUUCUUUAAAGAUUUUGGUGAGAUACUUCAAGGCAAAUGCAAAACCGAUAGACUGGAAGAUAUUAUUGGUGCUGUUAGUGAGAUAAACCAUAUCCAAUCCAACACUCCGGGGAAGAAAGUUGUUGUUUCUGUUGUGCUGAAAGAUUUGAAGUAA